GGCAAGGCACAGUCGUUCCUCGGCCGAGCAACCGUUUGCAUCGCGCGCACAGUUCCCACAGCUCUCUCGCCACUCUCUCCCUCUCUCUGUCUUAUUGAGUCUCUGUACGCUUUGAAGGAUACAGAUACAGCAAGUGCAAUAAAAGGAGACCGGCGCCACAGAGUCGCCUAGCAGACCCGCAAGGAUUCCCAGAUAUCAUUCCAGUUGCUGCUCCUGCUUUAAGGAAGCCAUGUCGGCAGUGCCCAUGAAAGCCCUCAUCGCUGGCGUCUUCUUGCUGGCAAAUGCCUGGCACAUCUCAGCCGGACAUGAGCAGCAGCAGCAGCGGCAUUUGCAGUGCUGGCACUGCAGCUCGGACACCAUUGGGGCGGAGGACUUUUGCGACGUGACCUUCCAGGAGGACAACAUACCCACGGACCUCAUUAAGGAGCGGAACAUCAAUCUGCUGAGGAGCUGCAACAGCACCAUCAAUUCGGAUCACGAGCGGCCCGUCUGCCGCAAGACUGUGGAGGAGAACAAUGGCAAGAUGAUCACCAAACGUUUCUGCUACUACACCAACAAAUCGGAUCCCGUGGAGCUGUGCAACGUGACCAGUCCCGAGAAGAAUGUGCGGCGAAUAUUUUGCGAGGACUGCCUCACAGACCGUUGCAACAGUGCACCGGGUGUGGUGGCCAUUAUGACAGCCAUUCUUAUGAUUCCAAUCCUGGGCCUGGUACCACAGCUGGCCAUUUAAAUGAAGGACUGGAGGAAGGUCCUGCCAUAGCAUCUCUCCCUCUCUCUAUGUCUCUUGUAUUUUAGUUGGAACGUGAUAUUUUGCCUGGUGCAAGGAGUCGCCGGGCUGUUGCUGAUUAACGAUUUAGUUAGUUUAAUUUACACUUUAGCUUAGAUAUUUCCCUCAACGACUAAAGAUUUAUGCUAAGUUCUGAUAUGAUUUUCCUGGCUAAGUGCCAAAAGUUAGCCAAGCUCAAAGCCCCCUCCCCCCCAAAGCCUUUCCACAAAUAAAUAUAAAAAUAACCCAAAAAUAAAUACACAAAAAAAUAAACUGAAAGUAAUACCAGUAGAAAAGUCUCUGACUAUACCAAAAACAGUAUACUAUGUAAAACAUAUUUUAAUGUAAUGCAAAACACACACACAAACAACAAACAUUCUAUGUAAUUAUCACAGCUGCAACUGAAAAACAGAAAAAAAAAACAUAAACAGAAUUUAAUUUAAAAUAUUCAAGCACAGACACACCGAAUAAAGUUUACACAAUUGAAUCCCCCUCA